AUGUUCAGUACUCUUAUGUCAAGUACGCUUGAAAUGAGUAUGAUGGGCGAGUUAACCUUCUUCUUAGGUUUACAAAUUAAGCAACUUCCCACAAGCAUUUUCAUCAACCAAGAAAAAUACAUUAGGGAUAUGUUGCAUAAGUUUGACUUCACCCAUGUCACUCCCAAACGCACUCCUAUGACUCCUCCCAAUAACCUUCAUGCUGACCCAAAUGGGAAGCAUGUAAAUCCCACUUACUAUAGAGGCAUGAUUGGAUCGCUCAUGUAUCUUACAGCGAGUCACCCUGACAUUAUGUUCUCCACAUGUCUCUGUGCUCGCUAUCAGGCCUCUCCACGAGAGUCUCACCUCCUCGUUGUAAAGCGAAUCUUCAAAUAUCAUAAAGGUACACCCACCUUUGGUCUUUGGUAUCCUAGAGAUUCCAACUUUGAUCUUGUUGGAUUCUCUAAUUCUGACUAUGCUGGAUGCAUGCUUGAUCGCAAAAGCACCAGUGGUGGUUGCCAACUGCUGGGAGGAAGACUAACUAGUUGGACCAGUAAAAAGCAACAUACUGUCUCCAUCUCCACAAGUGAGGCAUAA